UGAUUGGUCAAAAGUUCAUAGCACAACUUUCCACUCCUCCUUCAAGUUGGGGUUAAAAUUGCCAAUGUGCGGAUCACUGGGGACUAAAACGCAGAAAGAAACAUCUCCAAACUGUCAGACGAGGACAAGAGCCACCCACGACCACGAGUGACAAGAAAGAUUGAAUUCAGUCGUAGCAACAAUGGCAGACGGCGUGAAAACUAUUGAGGCUGGCGCUGGAGCUACCGGAGACCAGCAGAAUGUUGUUUCACGGGUCGGCAACCUGCCGCUGGUGAGUUCCGCUUGCGACGCAGUCUGCAACGCCUACACGAGCACCAAAGACAGCGUUCCCAUGCUAAAGGGCGUGAUGGAUGCGGCCGAAAGCGGCGUCCGGACUCUCGGGGCAGCUGCCGCCACGGGAACCAAGCCCCUUUUGAACAUUAUUGAACCGCAGCUGGCGACGGUGAAUGAAUACGCCAUGAAAGGUCUGGACAAGAUGGAGCAGAAGUUGCCUAUUCUUCAGCAGCCGGCACAAAAGGUGGUGUCAGACACGGUCGGAAUUGUGUGCCAGUCGGUGACUGGCGCCAAAGACAGCGUGGUCGGGGCCGUGAUGGGCGGCGUGGAGAAGACCCGGGCGGCCGUCAGCGGCGGCAUCAGCACCGUGAUGAGCACCAGCGUGGGCCAGAUGGUCAGCAGCGGGGUGGGCUUGGCCCUCACCCGCUCCGAGGACUGGGUGGACCAAAACCUGCCACUGACCGAGAGAGAACUGGCUGCUGUGGGUGAGCCUGCCACUUGCCAGGUGUCGUCAACCACCCCCAGCUACUUCGUCCGUCUGGGAAACCUCUCGGCCAAGGUGCAGGAGCGAGCCCUCCAGCAAUCCCUCACGCGGGCUCGACGAGCCAGGGACACCACACGCGCCGCGGUGGCCCAGCUGUCCAGCACCCUGGACCUGCUAGAGACCGCCCGCACCGGGAUGGCUUCAGGCAGCCACCAGAUAGGCGGCGCAAUAGAGCAGCUGCAGCAGCGCUGGACUGAGUGGAGCCAGAAGCAACCUGGAGGCGGGCAGCCGGUUUCCGACGGGCAGCCGGAUUCCGACGGGAGCCAGGAUGAGGCGCAGCGUUUGGAGUGGCGUGUGCUGUCCAUGGCGCGGGGCCUGAGCGAGCAGCUGCGUUCGGCGAGCUCCAACGUGGUGUCGAGCGCUCAGGGUCUGCCGGGAGCCGUGCAGGAUCAGCUGAGCAGAGCCCGACGCUCGGCCGACGAGCUGCAGGCCUCCCUGGUUGACGCCGGCUCCCUCACGCCUCUCCUCCUGGAGAAGAGCCGCCAGCACUUGAGCCAAGUUCAACAGUCUCUGGAUGGUGUCACGGAGUACUUGCUCAACAACACGCCGCUCAACUGGCUGGUGGGACCCUUCGCCCCGAUGAUCACGGAGAGGAUGGGGGAAGACGCGGAGACGGCCCAGCAGAAGUCAAACGCUUAGUCGGCCUUUUUACAUUUACACUAAUUAUUAAAAAAAAAAAAAAAAAAAAAAAAGAGCAUUUCACACCCUCCCAAAUGUUUUCAAAAUAAUUAACUCUAACCCCGCCCAAAAAAUUGUCAUUUACGCUUAAAGAUUUUUAUUUUAUUUUUUUUCUAAAAUGCACUGGAAGUUUCAGCAAGUAAUUGAGGAUGGCAACGGACUAUAAAACAUAUUUUGUCAAUUGUUUGACACACAACAUAGACUGGUGUUACUACUUACAUCUAAUGGCAAACAAAACAAAUUGGAAGUGACAUCAUCGUGUUGAAAUGUGGAAUGUAUUCGCGCUUUGUAAUAAUUUCACGACUGUACUCCAUUUUCGUGACUGACAUCACGGCUCGGCUUCACUAAACGACGGGGUCCACAAUAUUUCCCAAAGGUCUCUGAUUAAUCAAACAACGUUUCAUUUCAUAUCUUUGCUACGCAACGAAGCAAAUUCAUUCUUUGGCAUUGUGGUCUUUCAAUGUUUUUCUCAGUGCACUUUAUUGUUGCAUAUUUUCGAAGCUUGAUUUUUCUGUCUUUAACAUUUUAAAAAGUGUCUUUGGCACAAAGCACACUUUUGUAACCCUUUGUUGUCACGAGGUUUCAGUGUUAUGUGCGAAACGAUUCGCAGAAUAAAAUGUCGGUCACGGA